AUGCUUUCUGUGUGCAGGUUGUGUGCCCGUUGGGCUGAACGUGUGUUAGGCAUAGAUGUUCUUCUACUCAACAACUUGCAGCACGCAAAAGAGGCGAUCAAGCAAAUGUUUCACUUGGAUCUGUUGUGUCCCCCUUCGUAUCCGAACCAGGUGUGCCUAGAAUGCGUUCAAUAUCUGGAACACAGUUACGUUUUCCACCAGCAGCUGCUGAACGCGGAGAAGGUAUUCCUGGCGCUACAGGAACGGGGUGAAUUGAUCCAGCGACUGUCGGAAAUGAAAAAUGCUGGUGAUGCAUUACAGUUCGAAGAGAUGGUAGAAGAAGAAUCGGGCUCUGAAGCGCUCCAAACUGAUGCCGAUGAAUUAGUUGGUAAGGAUAGAGAGAUGGAUGUCACAGCGGACGAAGAAAACAGCUCGUCGGCAAAACCAUCGGAACGUGUGAUCGAAAUAAAGAUUGAAGCUAUCGAGGAGCUGGAAAUUAUUAGCUGUCCGCUAGCAACUGAUGGAAUCGUUAACGAACAAUCAUCUCGGGAAAAAAUCGCUGAUGAUGAGGAGAAUGAAAAUUAUUCACCAGAUAUGGAGCGACAUCAAACACAAAGAGCGACAAAGAAAGUGAAUGAGUUACGCCGAGAACCGAUGACGGUUAAACUGCCACCGGAGCAAAAAACGAAUCAUACCGUCGUGCGAAACAAGUGUUACGUCUGUUAUAAAACUUAUGGGACGGAGGCUGAAUUGAUGUCCCAUCUGAUAAAGCAUCACGACUUGCUGCCUUAUCGUUGUCAACAGUGCAGUACACCGAACUGUGCCUAUGAAUUUCGUACGAACCAAGCACUGAACAAGCAUCUCGAGACCCAUUGGUACCCGUACGAGUGUGCCGAGUGUCAAUUGCGCUUCAGCAAAAAGGAACGAAUAGAAGACCAUUUGCGUACGGUGCAUGGGUCUGAUAAAUGGCACACUUGCAAGCGGUGUGGAUUAAAGAUUCAAGAAUUGCGAAAAUAUCGGCUUCACGUAAUUGCUCAUCGGAAUAUGGAAUCUACACAGUAUCACACAGUAACUAAUCUGCACGAUCGCCAACAAGGGUUGCAGCAUAAACAUGUAAGACGUAUCUUCCAGUGUCCCUAUUGUGGGCGACAUUUUAAACAUAGUAUAACCUAUGAGCUGCACAAGACGCAACAUCUGCAGACAAAACCACUGUAUCAAUGUACGGAGGCAUGGUGUCGCGAGAGAUUUACCAGCUUCCGCGAAUGGCGACGACACAUGAAGGCACACUUUCCGAACAAAUCGGUAUAUUUAAAGCGGGCCCGUACGCUCCCAGAAUCGCAUCGAGAUCCCAGCAGCUAUCCGAAGGCAUGCCCGGGACCGGACUGUUAUUACGUAGCACCGGCACUGCCGCCCAUGCUUGCCCACUUUAGCGUCCACUCCGUUCGUCCGUCCACAUGCCGAAGUGUUCCAUGGAACUCUGCGGCAUAG